AUGAAGGAAAAGGUAAUAGUAGUUUUUGUUCUUUUCUUUACUUAUUGUUUGUGUAAAUGUGGUGAUGGGAUUCGUCAAAGAUUUGAUGAAGAAUGUGAUGGAGGAAGUAAUUGUAGAAAGGAUUGUAUGUGUGAAGAUGGUUAUUUUCCUGAAGAUGAAACUUAUUCAGUUGGAUGUGUUCCAUCUUGUUUAAUUGGUGGAUGUAAAACAGGGUGUUAUACUCCCGAUGAGUGUGGAUAUUGUGAUGAGAAAGGAUAUCGUUCAGAUUGUUUAGGAUGUGCUGAAGGAUAUAUUCCACAAGGGUAUCUCAAGUGUGUAAAAUUUAAUGAAAGUACUGUAAAGUCAUGUCAAGAAUAUACCCCACAAUAUAACUUUUCUAUUACUAUAAAUGAUGCAAGUCAAACACUUACAUUAACUCCUGAUAAACAAGAAAUGUCAAUAAAUACAUGUUCUAAAAGAUUAUCUAUUCAACAACCAUAUGCACCAGGGUAUUGGAUUAAAGUCACAACAAAGAAAACACAGUACGUUGCAAUAGAAACAGAAAAGCAUUAUGACUCUGUUUCUAUUGAAUUUAUAGAUACACAAGGAAAUGCCUAUGGAGAAGAUACUGUUUUUGUUAUUUCAAAUUGUCCAACAAUAAAAAAAAUAACAGAAGGACAAGCACAAGAAUGUAUUGAAGAUAAUGAUAAUUUAUCACAAUUUGUUAAACUUAGUAGAAUUGUAUUACAACUAACAGAAAAUAUUCCCUAUUAUUUAUUUGUUCAUAAACCAUUUGGAAUACCUUUUACGGCUAAUGUUCCUAUUUUAUUUACACCUAUUGUUCAUCCAUGUUCUUAUGCUUAUUCAGUAGUUAAUUGGCCAGAAGUUGCUACAAGUGGAUUUACAACAGUGGUUAAUACAGCACAUGGAAUAAAAUCAUCAUCUGCAUGUACUAUUACGGAACAAAUUGGAUUAUGGUAUUUUUUACAAGGAGCUGAUAGAAAUGUAUUAAUUAGUACGUGUAAUUCGAUUUCAGAUUAUUAUACUGCAUUACAUUUAAUUAAAGUACCAGCAAACGGAAAUGUUAAGCCAACCAUUGACUGUAGUUAUAAUACUAAAAACCAUCCAACAAAUGCUGUUUGUGAAAGAUAUGAUGUUAAAGGAUGUCCUGAACCAGGAAGUCAUCAUGCGUCAAUGAUGGUAACAUUGUCAAGUCAAUACGACUAUUUUAUUUUUGCUAGUGUCAUAACAGAUAAUAGUGCUGCUUUUAAUUUAACCAUUACAACAUUAUGUCCUUAUAAUUGUGGUGGAAAUGGAGUUUGUGAUAAAGUAUCACAAACAUGUAUUUGUAAUGAUGGAUAUGUUUUAAAACAAGACAGUUGUUCAUUAUGUGGAAAUGGAAAAAAAGAUGAAGGAGAAGAAUGUGAAAAAGUUGCAGGAGAUAAUUACACAGACCCAAAUUGUGACUAUUCUACAUGUUCAUGUGAAGAUGGAUAUAUUCCAUUAACAAUCAAUGGAGUAACUUAUUGUGCUGUUCCAACCUGUGGAAAUGGACAAAUCAAUGAUUAUGAAGAAUGUGAUGGUGGAGAAGGUUGUCAACAUUGUGUUUGUGUUGAGGGAUAUCGUCCAUAUGAAAAUCCAAGAAUUUAUUGUUUAAGUAAUAAAUGUGGAAAUAACAUACUUGAUAAAGGAGAAGAAUGUGAUGGUGGAGAAGGUUGUUAUGAAUGUGAAUGUCAAGCUGGGUGGUUCGAAGCACACUCAGUAGGAUGCCAAAGAGUACGACGAUCGAUUGUAUCACUAAUAAUAUUUGUAGGAGGAAUUAUUAUAUGGAUAAUCAUUUGGCUCUUGUUACUUAUUGGCUUUGUUUCAAGGUAUAUCUUCUUAAAUAAACUUAUUAUUUCAGAACAACAAAAAGAUGAAAGGAUUUUGAUUGAAUCCACAGUAAUCAAAUUUAACAAAGAUGGAGCUCAAUAUAUUGAUGUACAUAAACCAAACGCAUUAUUUGCUUUUGAAAGUAGUGAAAUUCUUUUCAGUGAUUGCCAAAAUCAUGUUGAAGUAGAUGAAGAUACUAAAACAAUUAUCAGAGUAACAAAUAAGAAAAAUGAACCAAUUCGAUUCAUUUUCCAUGGUGGAGAUUAUUUAAAAUAUACAAUCUCUUUUAUUCCUGCAAUAUUAAGUGUACGCCCAGGAGAAACUGGUGAAGUAACGUGUGUUAUAAAUGUGAAUUGCACAUGUGUUUUAAGAGAAAAAGUACCUGUAACUAUCAGGUAUGGAAAAUUUAAACAGAUAAUGCAAGAACUUCUUGAAGAAAAUCCUCAGUUAUUAGAGUUACAAUCACAGUCUAGUCAAAAUACAAGUGAAUUUUCUGAACGAAGUUCAAAAUCAAAAAGCUCUUCUCUCAGGAAUAACUCUAGUUUGAAUUUACAUUCAUUAAAAACAGAUAACUCGAAAGACAAAGAAGAUGGUUCAAAAGGAAAUUCA